CCGGAGUGAUGCAAACCUCGAGAUCUUGCCGGGCUUGAUAGCGGCACUUGUGUUUUCAAAGUAAUGUAGAAAGAAAAGUACUCUGUCCUUUCUGUCUGGCGAGCUUCUACAGACUAAUCAUUACUUGAUAGAUUAAAUCAUCGAACCUUCUCUCUAUCAGUGGCCUCAUCUGAUCCCCCCUCCCCACCCUUCACUUCCUGCAAAGCUUUAGUCUUUUUGCAGUAAUAAUACGAUUCCUCUCCAGAUUACUAAGGAAUCAUGCAAUCUGGGAAGGCGUGGCAGUAAACAAAGACUGGCUUAAGGGGAAGUUUAUGUGGACAAGUAGGAAUUGUGAAAUGGCAAAAGAGGAGGGCAAAGUACUUCCCUGGUCAGGAGAGAAAUCUGAAGCCAGAAAGACACCAGAAGUAGCCGACCACUUGAUCCUGACAAGAUGGAUUCGGUGUCUCGACCGGAGCUGUUUGAUUUUCACGGAGUUGCAAUGACUCAUUUCUUCACGGACAAUUGGGAAAACAUUCAGAACUUUCAGGCCAGAUCAGAUGACAUAGUUAUUGCAACAUACCCCAAAGCAGGAACCACAUGGGUCUCCUACAUUCUUGACCUGCUGUAUUUUGGUAAAACAGCUCCAGAGCGUCAAACAACCAUCCCCAUCUAUGAAAGAGUACCAUUUCUGGAGAUCUGCGUCCCGGGUUUGGAUUCAGGAAAAGACUUGGCAGAUAAGCUGCCCACCAGCCCCCGACUCAUCAAAACUCAUCUUCCUGUCCAGUUUAUGCCAAAGUCCUUUUGGGAGAACAACUCCAAAAUUAUCUAUGUGGCCCGCAAUGCAAAAGACAACAUGGUGUCUUUUUUCCACUUCGAUCGCAUGAAUGGGCUCCAACCAGAGGCUGGAGAAUGGAACAACUACUUUCAGAGAUUCUUAGAGGGAAAGGUGGUGUUCGGCUCCUGGUACGAUCACGUGAACGGCUGGUGGAAAAAGAAGCAGACUCACUCAAACCUCCACUACAUGUUCUAUGAAGAUCUAAUCGAGGAUACUGGACGGGAAAUAGACAAACUCUGCUCCUUCCUCGGUUUGUCUCCCUCAGCUGAGGAGAAGACAAAUGUCACACGUGGAGUUCAGUUUGACAACAUGAAAAAGGAUAAGAUGGCCAACUAUUCUACACUCCAAGUUUUGGACUUCAAGGUUUCCCCCUUCUUGAGAAAAGGGAAGGUUGGCGACUGGAAAAACCACUUCACUGUGUCUCAGAAUGAAGCUUUUGAUGAAGACUACAAGAAGAAGAUGAGGGACCCCACACUGAAGUUCCGCACUGAAAUCUGAACAACUCUGGGUGCAUUACAUUUAACAGUGAGGAUAACCAGAAGUGAUCUUAAGAGUAGUGUUAUCUAAAAUGUGAGUAGUUUAUCUUCCUCAUGAAUCUUAAACAAAGCUCAGAGUUGUCCAGUGACUGUGAGCUGUGAUGACGCUGAUAGUCUUGGAGAAAACAUGGAAUUCUGCAUUUUUCACAUGUUGCAAAGUUGAUUAUACUGUCCAAAUGAUUUUGUCAGGUGUGUGAGACACUGAAUAUCUAAACAUACAACUGCCACAACUCCUUGGAGUACACACAUUAAUUCACAGAGGCCUUUGAUUCAAAAGAUAUAUUGUUGCUCUGUAGAAACAAGAGUUUGUAUGGUAUGAGAGACUGCUGAUUUUUAUGUUUGUUUUUUUUAAACUUCCACGUCACUUUUUUAAGCUUCAGGCAGCAUUGUGCCUUUAUUAGUAAAAGCUAGAGGUUUCCAUCUUUGUCAAAUCCUGAAAAUACCUCAUUAUUUGUAGUUGUUGAAAAAAAUAUUUUUGAUAUAGGUUUUAACAAUGUACUCGUGCUGUGUGUGUUAAAUUCAAGACAGUCCAUGAUUAAUAUAUUCUUUUCAUGUGUACUGACAGCAUAAUGAAAAAUAAAAUGUGAUGAAUCAUUCUUUAUUGUUUUUUUGUU